AUGUCUGGAGGUGAAACAAAUCAAGUGAACAUAGAUGAAGAAACUGAGACAACAACAAAGGAGAUUCUAGAGAAGAAGCUGAAAGAUCGCAAGGUUUCAUGGGCAAAACUUCGUCGUGUAGACUCUCUCAAUUUGGAAGCUGGGAGAGUUUCUAUGAAUACAAAUCAUCAUUCUAAGAUGGGUUGGAGUGUGACUUUGAGUUUGGCAUUUCAAAGUAUAGGGAUUGUGUAUGGUGAUAUUGGUACAUCACCACUUUAUGUGUAUGCAAGUACUUUCACGGAUGGAAUAAAAGACAAAGAUGACAUUCUUGGAGUUUUGUCUCUCAUCAUCUACACCAUUGUUCUUAUUCCCAUGCUCAAAUAUGUUUUCAUUGUUUUAUGGGCUAAUGACAAUGGCAACGGUGGAGCUUUUGCACUAUACUCGUUGAUUUGUAGGCAUAUAAAAGUGAGUUUAGCACCCAAUCAACAACCUGAGGACAUGGAACUUUCUAAUUACAAACUUGAAAUUCCAUCUUACAAGCAGAAAAGAGCAAAUAAAAUAAAGCAAAUGAUUGAGCAUAGUCAUUUUGCUAGAAUUGUUCUCUUACUUCUUGCUAUCAUGGGAACUUCCAUGGUUAUAGGAGAUGGCAUUCUCACUCCUUCAAUCUCAGUUCUUUCUGCUGUUAGUGGAAUCAGUUCAUCCCUAGGUCAAAAUGCUGUCGUGGGAAUUACUGUAGCAAUUUUGGUGGUGUUAUUUUCUAUGCAACGGUUUGUUGACUACUUCAAAAGAAAUGGUAAACAUGGUUGGUUAUCAUUAGGUGGAGUCUUCUUAUGUAUAACAGGAUCUGAGGCCAUGUUUGCUGAUUUAGGUCACUUUAAUGUUAGAGCCAUUCAAAUAAGCUUUUCUUUCGUUACAUUUCCUGCCAUAUUGACUGCAUAUGUUGGUCAGGCUGCAUUUCUAAGAGUGUUUCCUGAUAAAGUUUCCACCACUUUCUAUGACAGUAUACCAGACCCUUUGUACUGGCCUACAUUUGUUGUUGCUAUUGGUGCUGCCAUUAUUGCUAGCCAAGCUAUGAUUUCAGGAGCAUUUUCCAUUAUAUCACAAGCCCUAAGUCUAGGUUGCUUCCCUAGGGUUAGGGUUGUUCAUACUUCAACUAAGCAUGAAGGUCAAGUUUAUAUUCCAGAGAUCAACUACAUGUUCAUGCUUGGAUGUAUUGUAGUUUGUGUUGCCUUCAAGACCACCGAUAAGAUUAGCCAUGCAUAUGGUAUUGCAGUUAUUGGUGAUAUGAUGAUUACAACAACAUUGGUUUCACUUAUAAUGCUUGUUAUAUGGAAGAAGAGUUUAUGGAUGGUUAUCAUUUUCUUUUGUGUAUUUGGUUUUACUGAGAUUCUUUAUUUCACUUCUCAACUAACCAAGUUCACAGGAGGAGGGUAUUUUCCAAUUGUGCUAGCUUUGUUCUUGACAAUGAUUAUGGGAAUUUGGCAUUAUGUACACAAAGAAAGAUACAUGUUUGAACUCAAAAACAAAGUUUCUACUGAGUAUUUGAAAGAGUUGGCUAAUAAUGCAGAUGUGCAUAGAGUUCCUGGAAUUGGACUUCUAUAUUCCGAGCUCGUACAAGGAAUUCCACCGAUAUUCCCCCACUUUGUUUCUAGUGUUCCGUCGAUUCAUUCUGUCGUUGUGUUUGUGUCUAUCAAGACUGUUCCGGUUAGUAGAGUUGCGUCAGAAGAGAGGUUUUUGUUUCGUCAAGUGGAGCCAAGAGAGUAUAGAAUUUUUAGAUGCGUGGUGAGGCACGGUUACAACGAUGUACUUGAGGAACCUGUGCAGUUUGAGUCACAAUUAAUACAAAAUCUCAAGGGAUUUAUUCAACAAGAGAAUUUCAUGCUUGAGGUUAAUGAAGGCACUACUACUGCUAAUGUAGCAGCAGCAACAAGUGAAGAAUUAGUAGUGCCUAUUUCUACUAAUGAGAAUGAUCAAAUGGAAGAUGUGAAACCAAAAUCUACUAAUUCUUCUAGUAGAAUCAUUCCAAGUGUUGGUGUGUCUCAUGUUUCAUCAGAUUCAAUUAGAUCAUUACCUGGAAGUGUGACAAAAUCAUCAAAUUUCUAUGCACCUAUUAUUCAAGGACCUGAAGAGGAAAUUAAGUUUAUAGACAAAGCAAUGGAAAGAGGUGUGGUGUAUAUGAUUGGUGAAGCUGAGGUAGUGGCUCAUCCAAAUUCUUCUAUUUUGAAUAAGAUUGUUGUGAACUAUGCUUAUAGUUUCUUGAGGAAGAAUUUUAGACAGGCAGAACAAUCCAUUGCAAUCCCACACAAGAGACUUCUCAAAGUUGGAAUGACAUAUGAAAUAUAA